CUUCAUUCUUGUACUGCUUGCCCGCUCAAUGUAUCACCUCGUGGCGCGUCAAGCACGGCUCACGUGGACGUCAAGUGCUGGCUUGGCGACCCCAGCGACGCUCACAGCGCAGAUGCACAUCACUAACAGCAGCAGUGAUAGCGGAGGUUGCAGCCGCAGCAAUGCCGACAGUUACGGCAACGGAGCGGUUCUGCCAAAGCGAUGGUCGUCGACAUCAUCCGCGAGCGGUCCAGCACCGACAGCCACCACCACCACAGCCACCGCAGAUUCCAAACAGACGCAAUCAUCACAGCAGCAACGAUCGCAGUCAAUGCCGAUGGGCACGGCAGCCUCGUCCGCACUCGCCCGGGAGCACGCUGAAGCCAAAGACGCUGCGAAUGCUGCCGCCACGAAGCAUGCGCACCGGCCCAGCGCCAUCGCUGCUGCAGCACGUUCGAUUGGCUCCAUGUAUGAUGUGAUUGUCGUUGGUGGCGGGCACGCGGGGACAGAGGCAGCCGCCGCCGCUGCACGCAUGGGAGCAAACACGCUCCUUGUUACGCACAAGCUCGAGACCAUUGGCGAGAUGUCGUGCAACCCGUCAUUCGGCGGCAUCGGCAAAGGCACGCUUGUGCGUGAAAUCGACGCUCUCGAUGGGCUCUGCGGCCGUGUCUGCGAUGAAGCAGGCGUCCAGUUCCGAGUUCUCAACCAGUCUCGCGGGCCGGCUGUCUGGGGACCUCGGGCACAAAUGGAUCGAGACUUGUACAAGCAAUACAUGCAAGACACCAUCUUCACCUAUCCCAAUUUGAGCGUGAAGGCUGCAGCUGUGGAAGACUUGUUACUGGACGAGUCUCCAUCCCAGCCUCAGAUUGCCGGCAUCGUGUUAGCCAAUGGCGAGACCAUCAAGUCAAAGGCAGUCGUGCUCACCACCGGGACCUUCCUUCGUGCCCAAAUCAACAUCGGUCUAGAGUGCUUCCCUGCUGGACGCAUUGGCGACGAACCUGCUAUUGGACUAGGUCGUACACUAGAACGGUUUGGCUUUGCUCUCGGCCGUCUCAAAACGGGCACUCCUCCGCGACUCGAAGGCAAAACCAUCAACUAUUCAAACCUUGUUCCUCAGCUGGGCGACAAUCCACCACUGCCAUUCAGCUUCAUGAACACGACGGUUCGAAAUGCGAACAAUCAACUCAAAUGCUUCAUGACGCUCACCUCAACAGCUGGCCAUAAGAUCAUCCGCGAGAAUAUUCAUCUAAGUCGGCAUGUGAUGGAGGAGACUCGAGGCCCAAGGUAUUGCCCGUCUGUCGAAUCCAAAAUAUUGCGCUUUACCGAUAAAGCAUCCCACCAAGUUUGGUUGGAACCAGAAGGAUACAAUACCACGGUCGUGUACCCGAACGGCAUUUCGACGACCCUUCCGCGAGAGCUGCAACUGCAGUUUUUGCGGACCAUCCCCGGCCUGGAGAAUGUGGAAAUGCUUCGUCCGGGAUAUGGCGUCGAGUACGACUACAUCGACCCACGACAGCUGCGCGAGUCUCUCGAGACGCAAAAAAUCAAUCGCCUAUUCUUGGCUGGCCAAAUCAACGGCACGACUGGGUAUGAAGAAGCCGCGUCGCAGGGCAUUCUGGCUGGCAUCAACGCCGCUCUCGCUGUCGCAGAAAAGCCCGCAUUUACUCUCGAUCGCGCUGACGGGUAUCUCGGAGUGCUCGUCGACGAUCUUUUGUCCAAAGGCGCCCCCGAGCCAUAUCGCAUGUUCACAAGCCGUGCAGAAUACCGACUCCACCUCCGCAGUGACAAUGCGGAUGCGCGACUGACAGCGAAGGGAAUUGAGGUUGGAUGCGUCGGACCCGAUCGCAAACGAGCGUUUGAAACGCUGACCCAGCAAUUGCAGACGCUGCGCUCUGCACUCAAUUCCAUUACUAAAUCCCCGGAAGACUGGACAGCUCAAGGGAUCCCGGUCGCUCCGGAUGGUACCAAACCCAGCGCGUUUGAAAUUUUGGAUCGGGCCAACUUUGAUCUUGAUCGAGUUCGCGCCGUGGUGCCGAGCUUGCCAAAGUUCAGUGCUGCGGUCGAUCAGCGAAUCACCAUUGACGCGCGCUACGAAGGUCUUCUGGCCAAGCAAGCGAGCGAUAUCGCGACGUAUCGUCGAGAAGAGUCCACUGUGAUUCCUUUCGAUUUUGAUUACAAGAGCUUGAACAGUCUGGGCACGGAGGUUCAACAGACUCUGAUGCUACACAAGCCCAGGACAAUCAAAGAAGCCUCGUUGCUGCAUGGCACGACCCCAACCGCUUUGAUUUUGCUUCUGCAACACAUCAAGCGCGAGGCUCGCGAUCGCUCCCGUCCAGCCCGCGCUUCGCCGCCAGACAGUCAACAACCAGAGUCACCUAGCUUGCACGAGCACUCUACAGUAGCGGCAUGAAUUUGUCGAAUAAAUUGCGGGUUUGUGCACAAUGGAGAUGAUUGGAC